AUGGGCUCUUGCAGCAGCGCUCACACAAGGACGAUCGCUUCCAUGAGUUCUACCAAGCAAGAAGACGACACCGAUGAAACAGGCAAUGUACUCAGCACAAGAAAAACCAGUCACCGCGCACUGUACGACAACAAAUUUUGCGCCUUAACCGACUAUACAGAUGAGUGGCUCCUCAUGAAUAUGAACGAUGAUGCAUCUCUGCAUGAUGAGGACUCUUCCAUCACAACGACUGAGACAACUGGCACUGAAUCCACUGUAGCGGAAUCUAUGGCUGCAACACCACCACGAAUUAACGUUGUCAAUCGGACUAAAGAGACGACUCGCAGCAAACGCCGCAAGUCACAGGCGUCCCCUUACACAGACGGGAUGACGCCACUACCUCUCCCAUUACCACCAGUGCUGGUCAACAGCGUCAAUACCAUCGUUACCUGGGACAAGCUGCAUACAGGAAAAAAGACACGCAACCAAACAAGGAAAACCAAAUCAACAAAACACAGUCAAGGACACCAAGGGCAACCCGAGGACACCAACGCAUCAUCCACUGUCUCCAAAACAGUUCCCGAUUACAAUGACAAAUCGGAAUGGCCAAAGCUGACACAAAAUCUACACUCAACGUCCAUGACGACCGCGGUUGCUGUCACUAAUGUUAGAACAACGCAAACGAUUACCAAUACGCAUGAUUGGCCAAGUCUCCCUUCAUCGAGCUCAACCGUGAAUGAUAGCAAAAAGAAUUCGACUAUUGCCAGUAGUGUUCCAACAAACACCUGCGAUAUUGUCAAGCUAGCCGAUGCCAGCACUUGGCCAAACCAACCAUCAUUACCAAAUUCGGCAACCAACAACAUGUUGAGUGAUGCUGGCUCUGCAAAUGGUCCCAGCGGCAGCCUUCCAGGUAACAACAGUCCAAUAAAACUGGCCAUUACAGCAGAAAUCACGAAAGCGAAAUUCGAGAGUACAGCUAUUAGCAUGGAAAAGACACCCAACUCACCGGAUACCACCACACCUGUUACCAUUGACGUUGCUGGUACAGCUCAAGCGCCAUCGACCUAA